AAUGCUUUUUUCCUAAUAUCAGCAUGAGUUUUAAGAAAUACAAAUUAAAUAAAUUAAGUUGUGGGAAUGUCGUUAGAUAGUCACAUAUAGGGAAAUUCAUGUUCUUAUAUUGUGCGGUUCCCAUAAAUGUCAAUGUUUCCCGUCAAGAAAAUGGCCCAUUCCGGUGUGCCAGCCAAACGGAAAGAGAUCUACAAAUACAUAGCCCCAUGGCCCCUCUACAGCAUGAACUGGUCCGUACGCCCGGAUAAAAGAUUCAGACUGGCCCUUGGCAGCUUUGUGGAGGAAUACAACAACAAAGUCCAAGUUGUCUCGCUAGAUGAAGACAGUAGUGAAUUUACUGCCAAGAGCACAUUUGAUCAUCCAUAUCCUACGACUAAAAUUAUGUGGAUACCUGACAGUAAAGGGGUUUUUCCGGAUUUAUUAGCCACAAGUGGUGAUUAUUUGAGAGUGUGGAGGGCAGGAGAGCCAGACACAAGAUUAGAGUGUGUCUUGAACAAUAAUAAAAACUCAGACUUUUGUGCACCACUCACAAGUUUUGACUGGAACGAGGUUGAUCCCAAUUUAGUAGGAACUUCGUCAAUAGACACAACCUGUACAAUUUGGGGCCUGGAAACAGGUCAGAUAAUGGGUAGAGUAAACCUAGUGUCUGGCCAUGUCAAAACGCAACUCAUCGCACACGACAAAGAGGUGUAUGACAUUGCAUUUUCACGUGCGGGUGGAGGUAGAGACAUGUUCGCGUCGGUAGGUGCGGACGGUUCUGUUCGGAUGUUCGACCUACGACACUUGGAACACUCGACCAUUAUCUACGAGGACCCCGCGCACACGCCCCUGCUUCGUCUCGCAUGGAACAAACAAGACCCCAAUUAUUUGGCCACCAUCGCGAUGGACGCAUGCGAGGUCAUCAUUUUGGAUGUGAGGGUGCCAUGCACGCCGGUCGCACGACUCAACAACCACAGGGCGUGCGUGAACGGCAUCGCCUGGGCGCCGCACUCGAGUUGUCACAUAUGUACUGCAGGAGACGAUCAUCAGGCUUUGAUUUGGGAUAUCCAACAGAUGCCAAGGGCAAUCGAGGAUCCGAUUUUGGCGUACACGGCGGCUGAGGGAGAGGUUAAUCAGAUACAAUGGGGCGCCACCCAACCAGAUUGGAUUGCUAUUUGUUACAACAAAUCGCUCGAAAUUCUGCGAGUGUAAUAAGCGGGGUUUCUUUUGUUUGGGCUUUAUCUUUUUCGUUUGGCCGUACACACACGGUACCUUAUUUAUUUCGUUCCAAUUUUUAUGAUUUGACAAGGUUUACUUUUUGCGUUAUUUUAAUUGUAAAUACUUCCAGUUAAAUGACAAAUGUGUUGUUGGGUCAAAAUUUAGUUUCCAGGCAAUAGUAAUGUUUAAUUAUUUUACUGUUCUAGGAAUGAUUACUGUACCUGAAAAUUGUUUAUUCUUUGACACUUCAUCACAUGAAACACAGUUAAAGUGUUCCUAUUUGUCUGAGCCGAUUUUCUUUAGUUAUUUACUUAAUUUUCUUGGAUGAAUCGAUUAUUUUUUGUUAGUGUUUGCUGACCAUGAAACUGUAUAUAAAAUAUAAUAAUGUUAUAAGUUGUAUCCUUAGAACCUCACAAUGUACUACAUACAUUUUAAGAAAUAUUGUAAAUUUAAUUUUUACGUCGAAUUACUGUAUAUGAACGACCACCAUUAUUUAAGUGUAAAUAUUCCAUCGUAUUUAUUUUACAUUUUCAUCUACAUACUUUAUUUAGAAUUUAGGUAUCAAAAAUAAUAUAGAAUUUAUAAGUCUAUGUAUUGUUGUGAUAUUUGUUUUUAUACAAUAAUUAUAAAUAAAUGUAAACAAAAACAAGU